AGCGGCAAUUCGUCGCGGGGCACCGGUAGUGCCGCACUCCACCCGCGCGCGGGAUCAUCACGGACACGUGGAUAUCGUCGCUGUCAAGGACUGCUCAGUGGCUCUCGUCAGAUUAGCGGGGCGCGCGCGAAUUUACUUGAAACGUAGAAAGAAGACAAAUCAUGGAUCCCGAUAACUUCAAGGAUUACGCCAAUGAUAUGGCGGAAUACAUCACAAAUUAUUUGGAAAAUAUUAGAGACAGGAGAGUCCUGCCUACGGUGGAGCCAGGAUACAUGAAACCCCUCUUGCCAUCCGAAGCACCACAAACCCCUGAACAGUGGAAGGACAUCAUGGCCGAUAUCGAAAGAGUAAUAAUGCCAGGCGUCACGCAUUGGCACAGUCCAAAAUUCCACGCAUACUUUCCCACCGCGCAAUCGUAUCCCGCGAUUCUAGCCGAUAUGUUAAGCGGUGCUAUUGCGUGCAUUGGAUUCACGUGGAUCGCGAGUCCAGCUUGCACCGAACUAGAAGUGAUCGUACUAGAUUGGCUGGGAAAAAUGCUGGACUUGCCGAAAGAAUUUCUUGCCUGCAGCGGUGGAAAAGGCGGUGGCGUCAUUCAGGGCACUGCCAGCGAAGCCACUUUGGUAGCGUUACUAGGAGCGAAGGCUAAAAGGAUCAAGCAAGUUAAAGAAGAGCAUCCCGAUUGGACGGAAAACGAGAUUGUCGGCAAACUAAUCGCAUACUGUUCUUGCCAAGCGCAUAGUUCGGUUGAACGUGCUGGACUUCUCGGCGGAGUGAAAUUCAGACAAUUGGAAGUCGAUGAGAAACAUAAGCUGCGCGGUGACACACUUGCCGAAGCAAUCAGGAAGGAUAAGGAGCAAGGAUUCAUACCGUUUUACGCUGUCGCUACUUUGGGUACCACCGUUAAUUGCGCCUUUGAUCGUCUCGAUGAAAUGGGCAUUGUAGCGAAUCGUGAAGACGUUUGGUUGCACGUGGACGCUGCCUAUGCAGGAUCCGCUUUUAUUUGUCCCGAAUUCAGAUAUUUAAUGAAAGGCGUCGAAAUGGCAGAUUCUUUCAAUUUCAACCCUCACAAAUGGAUGCUAGUGAAUUUCGACUGCUCUGCUAUGUGGCUUAAGGAUCCGACGUAUGUCAUAAAUGCUUUCAAUGUCGAUCCUUUGUAUCUGAAGCACGAUAUGCAGGGUGCCGCGCCGGAUUAUAGGCAUUGGCAGAUUCCACUUGGACGUAGAUUCCGAUCUUUGAAACUUUGGUUCGUACUGAGGCUCUAUGGGGUUGAAAAUCUUCAAAAGUUCAUCAGAUCGCACGUCGCUCAAGCGCACGAAUUCGAAGCACUAGUCCUCUCCGAUCCUCGCUUCGAAAUCGUGGGCGAAGUUCUUAUGGGAUUGGUUUGCUUUCGAUUGAAAGGAUCCAACGAACUCAACGAAGCCUUGUUAAAGAGAAUCAACGGGGCAGGAAAUAUUCAUCUCGUUCCGUCGAAGAUAAGCGACACGUACUUCCUGCGACUCUCCGUCUGCUCUCGAUUCAGCGAGAGCAAGGACAUACAGUAUUCAUGGAAGGAGAUUAAGCUGAGAGCCAACGAGAUCCUCGAAGAGCAGUCGGUUUCGAAGUGAUGGCGCGCUCAGAUAGCUCGCGGUUGCAGAUCAUUGGCGCCUGCCACUUGCAACCAAUCUUAGCUUGAAGUAUUCCCUUACACCCAGCGGCUCUUGAGGACCAAAUAGGCUAAAGCGGUGACCUAGAGGUGGUCUCAGACAGAUAUGCGACAAAAAUAGCAAUUUUUGCAAAAAUUUUUUCAUUACAAACAACUGAACAAUGCUUCCAAAAUGCAAACCUUCGUUCGCCGUAUACUACAUUCCAAUUUGGUGCAUUGCGGCUUAAGUAAUCAAAUAUUUAUUGAAAAUUAAAAAGUUGUUAUGAAUAACGACCGUUAAAGUUUUCGCUCAAAUCAAUUGCUUAAUAGAGAAUCAAAUGUGACAUCAAGUUAAAAAGUGCAGUAUUUUAAUGUUUUAAAGCCAGCAAUAUAGUUCAUUACUCUAAUAUUGUAUGCUGAUAGAAUUCAAUAAUUUACGAAAUGGAGAAAAUACAUUAGUCUUAGGUUCUUAACAAGGAUUAUUUUGCACAAAGUUAAUUUCUUUUCUAUCUAUACACAUAUGUAUUUUCACGCUUAUAGUUUAUUAAGCAACGGAUUAAAUGUUCUACUGGUUAUAAAUAUGUUAAUUGUGGAGAUGUAUUUUGUUAAGUUAUAUUCCGCUAAGUGCUCAAGGUGGAUACAACAUGAAAACGUCGCCUCUUAUUGUUAUUUGAAUGCGUGAUGGUCGUUAUAUUGUUAUUUAUGCACGUGUUAUUAAGCGUAUGUCUGUAUAUUAAACAUUACCGAACGUGUAUUAUAAAAAAUAAUUUAUUAGGCAAUGAGAUGAAGCACCGGUCACAAAAUUUUGGUAAGCGGGUGUCACACGUAGGGCAAAACCUCUAAAAUAUUGUACAUUGUAAAUUUUGUAAAGUGAGGCGCGUAUAUAAAUCUGUUUAAUUGUCUCAUUGAGUAAAAUGAUUAUUUUACUUACGUUAAAAGUUCCACGGGAAAAGGUACGUUUUAAAAUAAUUACUGCUUCAGGAAUCGGUUAUGUAGCCUGCUGGGAUUCGUGUUAACAACAUAAUAGGUGUAAUGCAAUAUUAUGUGUCUCCUUGUGCCACUUUUGCUGGCACACUAUCAAUGUUAUUGUACGAACUCCUUAAGCAACAUCCUUGCAAGUACCUUACGUAGUGAAAGUCGCGCGUUGCCAUUACAAAGUUGCGCACUGAUAUAAGCAUAAUUUUAGGCAUGAUAUUAAAAAUGUGAAAUAUCCUUUAAAUCUUGUGUCUCAUGCAAGCAUGAUACUUAUUUAUUAUUUUGCAGGCGUAAAGAAUUAUGUGCGUACGCAAAAGAUUUGCGUAUAUAAUCAUUUGAUUCGUUAAUUAAUAUAUAAAGAGUGAAAUACGGUUAAUUCUUUCAUUUCACGACAGAAAGUAAUUUGCGAAACUGACUUUCCCACCGAAAUGUUUACAUUCCUUUUCACAAGCGUCUACGAAGAAUUAAUAAAUCUUCUUUCACGAUCCUACACUAUUGUACACGUUGCAGUUGUGUGUAGAUAAAUGUUUUGAACGCAUGUUGUGUGUAUAUGUCUGUUAGAAAUAUAAAUGAUUAUAAACGUAUUGUAGAGAAAGUUGUAAAGUCGACGCACAUAACAUACGUUUAUCCUUCUCUCUUUGUACAUCUGUUUUAGUUUCUUUAGGAUUUCUCUCUAAAACUUACACUUCAAAUCUCUACUUUCAAUGCAAAUAUUCUCGAGUCACUGUGUUGUUGAAACAACAUCGAAGACAAGUGCUUCUAAUAUUCUAAUAAUGUCUCUCAAGUGACAAACGAUUGGAACGAUAAUAAUAACGUAUAUAUACAUGUGUGCGCUAAUACUUGCUGUAAUGUUGUGCUGCAACAGAGACAAUAAUAGUAAUAGAAUUAAUCAACAAGACACAGCCUGUCGAAAACGUUGACAACAUACGCAUAUCUGAGGACGAGAUGAAAAAGCAUGUAAAUUAUUCUUAAGAUUACUGCUACAAUUAACUGAUAACAACAACUCAAAAUACAGAAGUCCAAAUAUUUAUUUUUGUCAAAUUAUCAAAAGAUUUUAUUAUUGCCAGACAACUAACUAGUUGAACAAUAAUUUUAAUAAUUUAAGCAAAAAGAUGAAAAAUAUUAAUCUAAUGAAAUCAUUUCAGUCGUCAUGGGACCAAUGAAUGAUUUGCUAUAAACAAACUGAUUGUAUUUUGGUUGUAUAUUGUUUGUUAAAAUGUUACAAAAUAUAUUAUUAAAUAUUUUAUAUGUCAAUGUGGACAUUGAAAAUUUAACUAUUAAAUUGUUAACGUCGACCAAAUUAGAUUAAUAAAUGUACCGAAUCGUU